CAUCUAUCCGCCACGGACCACAACAAUGGCCGUGCUCCCGAGUGACUGAUAAAUGUUUAAGGCAAUUUCUUUUACAUCUAAUCAAUUCGUGAGCGGAAUUUGUCGAAUAAGAUGGGUGUUAUACGGCACGUCGUUUGUGCCAUGUCGGGCGGCGUCGACAGCUCUGUCGCGGCCCUAUUGCUAAAGAAAAGAGGCUACAAUGUGACCGGGGUUUUCAUGAAGAACUGGGACUCCCUGGAUGAAAGUGGGGUGUGCAGCACAGAGAAAGACUGCGAGGAUGCCGACAAAGUGUGCCAGAUGCUGGACAUCCCUUUCCAUCAAGUGUCAUAUGUUAAGGAAUACUGGCAUGAGGUUUUCAGUAAUUUAUUAAAGGAAUACGAGAAAGGAAGGACCCCCAACCCAGAUAUACUCUGCAAUAAGCAUAUCAAAUUCAACCAUUUCCACAAGUAUGCAAUCAUAACUCUAGGUGCUGACGCAAUGGCAACCGGCCACUAUGCUAGGACCUCGCAGGAAGACGAGGAGGUUUUCCAGCAGACCCCCAAAACCGGGCCCCUCGUGCUCUUCAGAAAUCGAUUUGACUUCCGAAACCCCGUGAGACUGCACAAGGGGGCCGACCUGGUCAAAGACCAGACCUUCUUUCUCAGCCAGAUCUCCCAGGAUGCCCUACGGCAGACGGUGUUCCCGCUUUCCGGUCUCACCAAGGACUUUGUGAAAAAGAUGGCGGCUGAAGCGGGCUUUCACCAUGUGUUGAAGAAGAAAGAGAGCAUGGGCAUCUGCUUCAUUGGCGAGAGGAACUUUGAAAACUUUAUUUUGGAGUACCUUGAACCUAAACCUGGCAACUUUGUAUCCAUUGAGGAUGGAACUGUAAUGGGCACACAUAGCGGCUGGUUCACCUUGACGCUGGGCCAGCGGGCGCGGAUUGGGGGACAGAGGGAUGCCUGGUUUGUGGUGGACAAGGAUAUCAAUACUGGCGAUGUGGCGGUGGCGCCGUCCACCAAUCACCCGUCUCUUUUCCGCGACAUCCUGCGGACGGAUCGCUUCCACUGGAUCGCCGAGGAACCUCCGCCUCAACUGGUCCGGACUAAGAUGAUGGAGUGCCAUUUCCGCUUCAUCCACCAGAUGCCGCUAACUCCCUGCGCCGUGACUCUUAACAUGGACGGCUCUGUGUGGAUCUCACUCGCGCAGCCGCUCAGAGCUUUAACGCCUGGACAGUUCGCAGUGCUCUACAAAGGUGAUGAGUGCCUGGGAAGUGGCAAGAUCACCCAGUUGGGGCCCAGUGACUUUACCAUCCAGCGGAGUCAGCGUUCAACAGCUGCUCGGCUCAGUACAGAAAAGAAGAAGCCAGAACCUGUCAGAUGACACGGCCUUGUAUUUUAAAAAAACAUAAAUAAAUGUAUUUAUAGAAAACUGCAUCAAAAUGUGAAACACGUUCUCCUGUAAAUAUAAUGCAGUUAUAACGCAUAAAAUGCUAUUAUAAAACAUAUAACGUAAAUAUAAAGCAACUUGUUGA